CGGACCAGUCCAGUCGUAGCCUGUAUCGUCAAACCAGACAUUGGAUACAGACAACAACAGUGACAGAUCAAGACCGUAUUUCUGUUUGCAACCAGCUAUGGGUGUAGUCUGAAAAGUGGAUACAGUAGCGCACCGCAAUAUACCUCGAAGUUUUAUCCUCAUGAAGGAGCUCCGUCCUGGCUGAGUUUGGGAGAUGGGAGUACAUAACAUCGCAGACCAGCCUCCUCUGGUCCAGGCCAUUUUCAAUCGUAAUGCUGAAGAAGUUCAACUAUUAUUGCACAAAAAGGAGGAUGUCAAUGCACUGGACCAAGAGCACCGCACGCCACUUCAUGCUGCUGCCUGUGUGGGUGAUGUCCAUAUAUUGGACCUCCUCAUUGAAUCAGGUGCCACUGUAAAUGCUAAAGACCAUGUAUGGCUGACCCCGUUGCACAGGGCGGCUGCUUCCAGGAAUGAAAGGGCAGUAGGUCUGCUGCUGAGGCGCGGAGCAGAGGCAAAUGCACGAGACAAGUUCUGGCAGACACCACUGCAUGUGGCUACUGCCAACCGUGCCACUCGCUGCGCAGAGGCCCUGCUGACCCAGCUGAGCAACCUGAACAUGGCAGAUCGCACUGGCAGAACUGCCCUGCACCACGCAGCUCAGAGUGGGUUCCAGGAGAUGGUAAAGCUGCUGCUGAACAAAGGGGCCAACCUGAGUGCCAUCGAUAAGAAGGAAAGACAGCCUAUCCAUUGUGCUGCUUACUUGGGUCAUUCAGAGAUUGUGAAGUUGCUGGUGUCCCGCAGUGCAGACAAGAGCUGCAAGGAUAAGCAGGGCUACACACCUCUCCAUGCUGCAGCUGCAAGUGGUCACCUCGAAAUUGUAAAGUACCUACUGAGGAUGGGGACAGAGAUUGAUGAGCCCAAUGGCUUUGGAAACACUGCGCUCCAUGUGGCUUGCUACAUGGGACAGGAGGCUGUUGCUACCGAGCUGGUGAACCAUGGAGCUAAUGUUAACCAGCCCAACAAGUGCGGCUACACCCCUCUGCACCUGGCCGCUGUCUCCACCAAUGGUGCCCUCUGUCUGGAGUUGCUGGUCAACAAUGGGGCCGAUGUCAACCAGCAGAGCAAAGAAGGGAAGAGCCCCCUGCACAUGGCAGCCAUUCAUGGACGCUUCACACGCUCUCAGAUCCUCAUCCAAAAUGGUAACGGUGGGGAAAUUGAUUGUGUGGAUAAGUAUGGCAAUACUCCUCUCCACGUUGCUGCUAAGUACGGCCAUGAACUGCUGAUCAGCACUCUCAUGACCAACGGAGCAGACACGGCCAGACGUGGAAUCCAUGGAAUGUUUCCCUUGCACUUAGCUGUGCUGUACGGGUUUUCAGACUGUUGUCGCAAGUUACUAUCCUCAGGUCAGCUGUACAGUAUAGUUUCAUCCAUGAGUAAGGAGCAUGUACUUUCGGCUGGGUUUGACAUAAACACCCCUGACAACUUUGGGAGGACCUGUCUACACGCUGCUGCCUCUGGAGGAAACGUUGAAUGUCUGAACUUGCUCUUAAGUAGCGGUACCGACUUGAAUAAGAGGGACAUAAUGGGAAGGACCCCAUUGCACUAUGCGGCUGCUAAUGGGAGGUACCAGUGCACUGUGACCCUGGUCAGUGCUGGCGCUGAGGUCAACGAGCCUGACCAGACGGGCUGCACUCCCCUGCACUACUCUGCCGCCUCCCAAGCCUUCAGCAGAGUUGAUCGGCAUUUUUCUGGGAACCAGAAUCAGAAUGAUGAGGAUGAGGCGAAGGAGUCGUACUUCUGCUUGGAGCACCUUUUGGACAACGGUGCUGAUCCAUCAAUGGUCAACUCAAAGGGUUACAGUGCUGUUCACUAUGCAGCUUACCAUGGCAACAAACAGAACCUGGAGCUGCUCCUGGAGAUGUCCUUUAAUGCACUAGGAGACAUAGAAAGCAGUAUUCCAGUCAGUCCUCUGCAUCUUGCUGCUGAUAAGGGCCACUGGCAGGCGCUGCGUGUGCUGACGGAGACGGCAGCUUAUGUGGACAUGCAGGAUGCUGCAGGGCGUUCUGUGCUCUACUUGGCUGCCCAGAAAGGCUACGCGCGCUGUGUGGAAGUGCUGUUGGCUCAGGGCGCCUCCUGUCUCCUCAAUGACAACCGCCUCAUGUGGACUCCAAUUCAUGUUGCAGCUUCCAAUGGUCACUCAGACUGCCUGCGCAUGAUGAUUGAUUAUGGGGAGGAGGGAGAUCUGACCAAUGUUUCAGAUAAAUUCGGCCAGACCCCUUUGAUGCUAGCUGUUCUGGGAGGUCACACUGACUGUGUCCACUUCCUGCUGGAGAAGGGUGCCUCGCCAGAUGCCAAGGACAAGAGGAGCAGCACAUCUUUGCACAGAGGGGCGGUGUUGGGCCACGAUGACUGUGUGACAGCACUGCUGGAGCACAAAGCGUCUGCACUGUGUCGGGACAUUCAGGGCCGGACACCGCUGCACUACGCUGCAUCCAGAGGCCAUACGGAGAUCCUGGCCAAUCUGGUGCAGGCCGCCGUGGCAACAGACCAACAAGAUAAACUGCUAGACAACAAAAAAUACACCCCAUUGCACUGGGCUGCUUACAAAGGGCACGAAGACUGUUUGGAGGUUUUACUUGAAUUUAAAACAUUUAUCCAUGAAGAGGGAAACCCUUUCACCCCCCUGCACUGUGCUCUUCUUGCUUGUAGGAUGAAUGGCCACAGCGGUGCUGCAGAGAGGCUGCUGGAGCCUGCUGGGGUCCACAUGAUUAACACCAGAGAUGCCAAAGGAAGGACCCCACUGCAUGCUGCUGCAUUUGCUGAGGAUGUCGCGGGACUUCAGCUGGUACUUCGCCAUGGGACAGAGAUCAACGCAGUGGACAACAGUGGAUGCUCUGCUCUGAUGGUAGCUUCUGACAAGGGACACAGUGGCACCGUGGCCAUCCUUCUUCACCGGGCCAAGGCUGACCUGACACUGCUGGAUGAGAACAAAAACACUGCCCUGCACCUGGCCUGCAGCAAGGCCCAUGAGAUGUGUGCCCUGCUGAUUCUGGGGGAAAUCCACAGUCCCACACUCAUAAACGCCACCAACGGCGCCCUGCAAAUGCCCCUCCAUCUUGCAGCACGUAAUGGCCUGGCUACGGUGGUGCAGGCACUGCUGAGUAGAGGAGCCACUGUGCUGGCUGUGGAUGAGGAAGGCCAUACCCCAGCCCUAGCCUGUGCUCCCAACAAGGACGUGGCUGACUGCCUGGCUCUGAUCCUCUCUACCAUGAAGCCUUUCCCCCAGCGGGACCCUUCCUCCUGCUCCUGUCCUUCUCCCACCGUCUCCCCAUCCACGGGUCUCAACUUGCUGAAGCACUGCGGCAUCACUGCCGCCUGCACCCCCUUGCCCAGCAACGGCCUCCACAACGGCUACGUCAAAGACCGUCACGGUGCACCGGUUGGCCUGGACGGGUGUCUGUCUGAGUGAGGUCACGUGCCCCCGUCAGUCAGCUGCUAUCUCCAUCAUCACCACCAGGGGGGGACUCCCUUUAACAAGGCCCAGAGGACCAGGAGAGCACCCACCCACAUGUCUGUUCUCUGUGUAUGUAUGUGUUUGUGUGUCUGUGUGUGCGUGAGUGUUUGUUCUCUUGAGGUGCAGUCAAACCUAAUAUGCAAUUAGAUCCCAUUCCUCCAUCUCCUGGUAGUGCUUAAUAUGUAGAGGCGGAUUGCUCUACAAGGUCACUCGGAUGAAGUGUGGCAUCCAAAACAAACACUAGCAAUCUGGCCAUCUCUAAAUCAUGUAACCCUUUAAAACCAUGUUGACAUAGUUAUAUAACCGACAUCUAAGAGCAUGCAAAUCUCUGCGUUCUCACCUGUCUUUCUCUUCAUAUCACUCAAUAUAAAAGUCAUAUCAUAUAAGUUGUGGUGACCUUGUAGAGGAACAUACAGCCUUCCCAAAAGAAUGAUCAAAGAGUUUCUUUGUUUGUUUUUUUGAUUUAUAUUUUCUUUCUUUUUUGUUUUGUUCGCCUAGAAGUUUUAUGAAGGAACCACACAAGGGAAAAAUCGAAAUUUUGCUUCAGAGUGCAAUGCUUGUGUACUUACAGUAAAAUCCGAAAUUUGGAGAAGGGUCACAAAGAUGUUAAUUCCAUAGUGUACUUUAAUAGUACGGGCCUAGAAUUGUUUGGCAUUUUAAGAUAAUUUGGUAAUGCUGCUGAAUACAUUCGCAUGUCUCCUUCCAAAGGAGAGCAAUGUUCGGGUCAGCGUCGUAACAUUAAUUUGUUCUUUAUGCUGACUUCAUGUUUUAAAGAUGCUAAAUAAGUGUUUGUUAAGCUAGAAUGUUUCGAAGCAUAUAACUUAUGACCAAAGUUGAUCAACACUAUUAUGGCUAUAAAUUAUUUAUUUGAGAUGAACUGUACUGUAUAGAGAAAGACAAUAGAUCUUGAUAUACCUCGUCAACUCGUUUAGCAGCUGCUUCAUCUUCACCCAGGGUCCGUGGGCCUAACGUUCUCCUUUUGGAGGACUGGAGAACGUCUGUAGGAUAGUAACUGCCUGAGGCCUUGUUUAUUUCUAGAUGGAGGCUUUACUAGUAAUAUCUGCCAACAACACCUCAUCAAAGCAUCAUAUAUCUGAGCACAUAAAUGAACAAGCCAUUUCAAUUUAUUUCCCAUCUAUUUAACAGUGUUUUUUGGAAAAGAUUUCCAAAUUUGAAAGGCCUAAUUAUCGAAUGAGAGCAAUCGGUUUUCGUUUUUUAGGCACUUGUGACGUAUUAUUAUUUGUUUGUCCUUUGUGUUUUCUGAAGUUGAACCGGCCAUCGGCUUUGUGGUUUUAACACACUCGCACUAAAAGAGUAUUUCUUGGAGCUGGUGAAAAAGUUUUAAACAUCAAAUAGCUCAUGUCUCAACUUCUUGGUCGUCAUCUCUGAUCAAUUUAAACGGUAAAAGAGUAAUGUCUGCUAUUUUCAUUGGGCAGUUUUCAAGCAAUAUUUUCUUUUGGCCUUUUUUUGUUUUGUUUGAACGUUUUUGAAUAGACAAUCACUGUCACAAGGGCUUUUGUUUCCCUGGAAUGUGUUUUUAUUAUUUCAUGAAAAAUUACCUAAAGACUAAACGAAUGGCUCUGUGUGUGCCGGGCAUUUUACUGUCAGUGUCAACACAAAUGCACUGGAUUGCCUUUAUGGCAUCUCAUGAAAUGCCUUUUGACCCAUGCCUUCUGUAACACAUCAUUUCAGUUGGAUUGCAUAAUGGCAGAAUAUGAUGAGCCCUGAGACUGAUUAUCUUUCCACCCAUUUGAGCGCAACAGCAUUGAACCACAGUUUCACCCAUAGUAUCUUGUGGGGAGGGGGGGAGGGGGAAUUGCUCGGCAUAUCUUUAUGUGUCCCGGCAUUAUCAAUGACCAGGGAGUUGAUAUUCCUUAUAGAGGCAGAUAGGGCGAAGAUGAAAAGGAGAGGGAUCUUUGCUUUGGCCAAUACCUGUUGUUUAGAUUUCAGGAAUAGCAGAAAUCCAAAUAUGUGCUUUUUUGGUGUUCAUUUUGUUGUCUCCUCAUCCCAUUUCUGGUACUAAAGAUGAUUGUAUCGGACCACUAGAGCUGUUUGUGACUUUUAGAUGUUAUAUCUAUGCUAUUUUGUCUGUUUCUUUUAUUUUUUUAUUUUUUUUAAACCAUGUGCUGGUGGUUGAAUUACACUGAGUCGGAUUGUUUUCAUCGGUGUGAUAACUUCUUAUCCGCUGAUAAUGAAGUGGCACAAUUGCACACAUUAGUUGACUGGAGGAGAGAUGAGGACCUAUGUCGUUGAAUACCCCUGUGAACAAUCUUGAAUUUUACUUAAUUUACAAGAAAAUUAAAUUCAGAGCACUGAGUUCUCAGUCAGUGUCAUAGUUUGCAUUUCAAUUGACCUCCAUAACUGACUGAAAGGAAAUGGAGCGACUGUAAUUGGUGAUCCCCAGCCUUUGUUCUCUUGAUCAAUUUAUAAUUUUCAUCAGAACAGUUAUAUUAUUAUGAUUAUUAACAUCACUAUUAACGGGAUAGGUACAAAACGUUUUGUAAUCUCAGGAUCUGUGCUGAAAUGGCAGCAGGCAGAAUUUAUUAAUCCAAUCAGAUCUCAGCAGGAUGAUUAUGUCUACAUUUUUUUUUUUGAUGGGAUGUUCCAGAAUUUAAUUCCUUUUUAACCUUAAUCCCACAGCACUUAAUUAGAUAGUCAAGCACGCACUUUAGUACAUUGAAGUUCUAAGUGUGCAAAUUAGAGAAGAUGUAAUGUAUGUACUUAUGUUUACAUGCAUGUGUGUUGCUGCUGAAUACAGGAAGGUAGGGUUACAAGAGACCAGCAAAGGCUGCAACAACAUUGUACUCUAAUAAUGCAUUAUUAAAAAGAAGUGUCUCUAAGUACUUAGGGACAGUGUCCACUGCCCACAGACUUUUUUUUUUUGUUAUCUUUCUGGGAAACCAGCCCAAAAAAGUGACACGGUUACAUUGCAGCCUUCUGUUAAUAACACAGACUCUGGCCUAAGUCACGUGGUUCAACAGACACCUCAGGCUCCUCAAACACUCAACAUACUCUCUGCCAUCGGUAGGUGCUGUCAGAGCGUUUUCUUUCGGGCAGGGAUUUCUUUCUCUCUUGUGAUGUCCUUAUCUGACCAGUAAAUGGAGCCUUUGCCCCUGCGAUUAUACAAAAUGUAACUGAAUCCUUUUGUUGUAUCACAGUAUUCGUAUACAUGCUUUUUUUUUGUGUGCGUGUGUGUGUGUGUGUGUGUACCAGUGAUAAUUGUGUGAUUGUGCAUGGAGCUAGAUCACAAUUUUGAUAUAGUAACAAUUUAAGCAAGUGGAGCAUAUACAAUAUAUCUGGUGUCAGUAACGGAAAAGCAAUGAACGGUCCAAUUGUAGCAAUAGAGUGUGUGUGUUUAAUCGUGUGCAGCACAAACAUUGCACUGCCAUCCAUUUAGGCCAAUUCAGUCAAUUAUAGCAUAAAUGCCAAUGGAAGAUUUAAAUGCGGGUUAGAUGUUAUAAUCUUUGGUCACAAAUAAGGCCUAAUUGCCAAAAUGUGUCCAAAGGAGACAACCUCUUAGUAAAGCAGCAAUGGAUUUAUGCAUAUGUUCAAGCAGUUUACAGUCUGACCAUCAAAUCUGAGCCAUGAAUUUUUCUAACUGAAAUGAAUGUAGGGUCAGUUUGGAGCAGGACAAUUUGUUUUCUCCCAACUUUAAACUGUUGCCCUUCAUUUGUCUUGUGUGGAUAUGAUUAUACAGGUAGCAUGUAAUAACCUAAUUCUCUACAUAUUAUACAGUAUGUGUAGUCGUCUUCCUGCAUUGAGGGUCUGGAUAGGGUUUUUUUGUGGCAUUGUUGGAGAAUAGGCCUGCUGUUGUGUAAUAUCACUCUUCUUUCUCUAUACAUAUAUAUUUGUGUGGAGUGUUGCCUACAAGGUAAAUGGAAGAGAAGAGUUCAGAUGACUUUAACAUUCAUGUUCAUCCUUUCCAUUGAGAUUGCCUUACAGUACAGUAAAACAAGAGGGACAAAAAGGUCUACAGUAGAUAUGAUCACACAUACUCGUUAAUAGCCUAUAUUUGACAAAAAUGCACCUAAGCUACACCCAUUUAGUGCCAUAGAAACCUUUAUUUGCCUUUAGACAUACAUCAUUAUUACUUGGUCAGUAACUAAUUCAGAAGUAGGCUUAUUACAGUUUUGUGUUUGGAGCUGCAUGUCUUUUCCCCAAUUAUAAGUCAAAGAAAACCUAUAAAUAUUUGCAUGGGCUAUUAGUACUUAAAUGCAAGUAUUUUGUUCAAAUGUGCUGUUAAUAGAAGUCUAUUGUAUAAUUGGACAUUUUUGAAGAAUAUAGUUACUCCCUUUGGUAUUGGCAAAGCAAUCCUGUGUGUGUGUGUGUGUGUGUGUGUGUGGUGUGUGUGUGUGUGUGUGUGUGCGCGUGCGUGUGUGUGCGUGUUACCUGGAGAAAAAAAAUGAUGUCCCAAAAAAAGCAUGGUAUAUACAGUAUAGAAUUGAUUUGCCUCAAUGGAUGUCUCGGUUCUUACUUGAAGUAAAUGGCAAAUUUCAAUUCAACUCUCUGAUCCACUGUUGAGCCUUUUGCCUUAAAAGCUGAAAAAGGAAACAAUACCUGGCAGUACCUGAAAAGUUGCAUCACCUGUUGAGUUAAGCUGCUUGGUUGGAUGGCUAAUUUUGGUCUGACAGACAUCUUUGGGUGUCGUAAAAGCACACAAAUCAAUUGAGGUAGCACAUAGCUCAAGGUUGCCAUGGUGCAGAGAUUGUCGUGAGAGGUUAGGAUAUCGCCAUAUUUGCCACUGUGAAUGAACGAAUUCAGAAUUCACUCGUAAACAAUCAACUUUGGCUUCUUCGUCAUCGAGAGCCAAAUGACCCUGGAGAUAAAAGUGGUGUACCUCAAAAAAAAAAAAGAAAGUUGUAUGGAAAGGAAAAUUCUUAUGAAAAAUGCUUUUACAGCUUCGCUAACAAAGAGUUCAAAUCUUGUGGUCUAUCUUGUUGUGGGUAGUGUAAUUCUGCUUAAACCAGCCAGAGAUGUAUCUAUGCGGAAGUGUUAGAUUAGUGUUGGCAGAUGUCUCAUGUUUCCUACCUUACAAAGAGGCAGCCAACUGCACCUUGUACUUUUUAUUGGACCUGCAGUUUUACCUCAUCAGUGAUCUUUUGUGUGACGACGCUGACAUUUAUCCUCUGUGAUUUCUUCUUGUUUCUCCUGAUGCCAGUCGUGUAUAUUUCUCUCUUUUAGUGUGUGUGUCUGUGUGUGUGAGUGAAAGACUUUUCAAUAUAUGCAUGGCAAACCUAAACAUUCAAGAACAUGCGAACGUUUUAGAACAGAAAAGCAGUUUCAACACGUUCUCUUCAUUACAACCAACAGAUGAGUCUAUUAUCUGGUGCAAGUCAUAAAGGGUAAAGGGUUCAGUCUAAUUUAAGGCGAGGAAUGAAGGUAGCUAUAAAACUUUACCUCUGAAAGUCAAAACAAUAACAUUUGACUGUAUGACUAAUGCUAGUUCGACCGACCUUCCCUGCCUGAGCAGUUGGUUAUUAAUCCCCCCCCCACCAAUAGGACCUGUGUAAUAUCGAGCACAGUGGUGGCAUGGUGCCUUUUAUUUGUAACUACCGAAAGAUACGGUCUUCCAUUUGUAUUUCCCAGAAGCCUUAUGAUGGGGAAAAAGAAAUUACACUGAAAGUACACGACUCAGCUCAUUUUCCCUCUGAGCUUGAUUAUUUCAACCCAAUGUGAUUUGAAAAAAAGAAAAGAAAACACUGAAAUAGCUCCUUCUGUAUUAGUCUGGAUGUCAUGAUGCAUUUCCAGGGACUGAGUGCUCCCUUUGGGUGGCAGAAUAAAUUCCAUGGUACUGUUGCGAUUUCAGGCAUAUCAAACAUUGAAUGGAUGGGGAUCAGUUGUACGAAAGCACAAAUCCAAAGAAGGCACCCUGGGGCUCGGUUGGCUCUCCCAACACAAAGACGUGAAGGAGCCUUUCGACCAAAUUUAGGCAUAGAUGAGAGUAAAAACAUUGGACUCCUCUUGAGUGCAGAGAACAUGAGUUUUGAUUGUCAGUAACACAUUAACUGUAGAAAGACCAUUGUCUGGAAUUUCAGAGCUUCGCUCUGAUUGUUCUUCUCAAAUUGGUAUUCAUCGGCGAUUAGUAACUUUAACCAAAUUGUGAUGUGACGCGGUACCUGCAUUCAAGAUCAAGUUAAGGCAAACUGUUUGUUGUGACUGUGUUGCAAAUUGAUUGUAGAGAUUGUUUUGUGUUAUGUAGGGUAGACUGACUACAAGUAGGGUUGCAGUAGUAGCUGUGUGCAGUGUUAAUAACGUGUGAUCAUACCAUAGAAGUGAUGUAACAUUUGUUGUCUUACCACGACAUUAAGGCAUGAAUCCUCUUCUCUCAAGCUGACCUCCUUUUGAAAUAGACAAAAGAUAAAAAGUGCAAUAACCUUUUGUUUAUUAUUGCUUCCUCAGUUAAAAAAAAUAUAUUAUUUAAUAUGCCCUUUUUGUUGACACCAAAAGUCACUCAUCUGUAGCAAAUGAAGGAUUUCAAGUCGUCCUUUAGUUUGUGUUCAGAGAGGUGGCAUUUGAUCGUGUGAGUGUUUGAUAUUUCAUUCUUAAAACUGUGAUAUCCGACUUUUAAAGCUGCCUGCUCAGAGAAAGAACCGUGCACAUGUUGACUGAUAGAUUUGAAUGGGUGCAUAUUUUUUAUUUUUACUGAUGGACUUUGAUGGUAUUGUCGUUUGGACUUCUGGUUUAUAGCCGGUAGACAUUUUCAUUUGCAUGUGUAGAUGUGUAUAUGCAUCCUCUUCCUCUUUGAAUGAAAUGUUUUCUCAAAAAUAUUUAGACCUGCUGUCAGUGACGUAUGCGGAUAAAAGGAAAUAUGAAAUGCCUUAUAUUUGUUUUCAAUGUUAAGCAUUAAGGGUUCUUACGUGUCCCUCCCUUUUCAGCGUGUAGCCUAAAGCUUGUACAGUUAAGAAACGUAUGAGAUUUAUAUCUUCUGUACAGCCUGUGUGUUUUCAGAAUUUGUUACUUGGAGGUCCUGUGAUUGUGGUUUUAGAAACACAUUCCCCUUUUGAAAGUGCCGUUUGUUUUCACCAGCAGAGGAUGUGUCUUCGGGGGUGGGUGGGGGGGGGGGGGGGGAUUGAUUUACACAAAAGGAAAAGAAAUGUUCAGAACACUUUCCAGUGUUUUACUUCUGAACCGGUUGAACUAAAUGACGCAACGUGAAAUAAGGCAGCAAUCUCUUGACCUUAUAGACCUGCUCCCUCGGUGAGCCCCUGGUGGAGGUCACACCAAGCUUGAUGACUCUAACGCAGAGCCAUAUCAGAGAAUUUGCCCAUUAGGAGCCCCUUUUGAAUGUGCUAUUAGGAAUAGCCUAUAGGAAAGGAUGUAAUACUGCAUGUUCUGUGACAUUUUGGUAGCAGCUCCCGUUCAUGUUUUUUUGUUUAGUCCGCUUCACUGUAGAUGUUGCCUAUUCAUUGCAACUCACAAGCUUUUAACAAUCCAUUCACAACUGGACUUAAAGCAGGCACUGAUCUGCUGCUGAGGCAGCCUUUUUUCAUUUUAAUUAAAAAGAACAAAAUAUGACAGAUAAAGGGUUGCCUGUUUACUUUGAGUGGCUUAACUGUGGAAAUACAAAGGAGCCUGUAUGAGGGGAAGGACUCUGAAUCAGGGCAUGUGAUGAGUUACAAUCAAAUAGUUUUACAGUGCACCUUCACAAACAAACGAAACGAAAGAUAAGAAUAAAAAAGACGGCUCAUCCAUCCCAACAUUCCAAAGUUGAUUUAAUUUUCCAGAGUCCGGUCCCGCUGAUUGAGGAAAUCUUUCUGUUCUUUCUUUCUGAAUGAAGCGGGCAUGUGUGUCAAUAACAGGGUUCCCUAUUUAGCCUAACGCUGAUUACCUCAUUUACAAAUCUGCAAAUCUACUAUUCUACUGUGUGUAAAGGAGUCAAUGCCAUCACCAGCCCUCAACACCUGUGAUGACAACAGGACAAAUGAAGUUACUCAAUUUAGAAUAUGACCAGUCUGAAAAUAUAGGGAUAAGACACGAUUUACAUUUUUGGGCAGAUUGGGCCUCGUCUGUUAGUAAAUCACCACAACUGCUACACCAGUCUUCAUCUUGAGCUAUCAGGAGUGUGUUCAUUUGGUAGUUAAAGGUGAAAAUCUAACAUUUGCUCUUUAAACACUGACUGGAAUAGCAACUGUUGGCACAAGCAUAAUUCAAUAAGUCGGGCCCAGGCCUGGUGUAUUUCACAAUUAUUUAAGUGGAAGAUCAUGUUAGCAUCACUUGCUGUUUUUCAGUAGCAUUUCUCCUACCUCCUUGUUUUGCAGCCUUGAGUAUUGUUUGUCGGUCCACCUACACAAAAAAAAGUCUCUUCACAGUACAGGAAUACAGAUUUAUCAUAAGCAAUGGUAGUUAUACAUUAAAAAAAAAGUGUGCUUGAUUGUGCUGUACGUGUAUAUGUCUAUUUGACGUUGAAAAAAAAUAUUUAUGAGAAGCAUUUAUAUGACAAAUUACCACUGGAAUGUGAAGCCAGACAAUGUUAUGAUGCAGAUUAUAAAGAUAGUCUAUCCCCUUUAACAUUCAGUGGCGAAUGGUCAGAGGAUUCUUUUUUUUUUUUUAAAUAAGUAACUGUGCAUUAGCUUUUUCACCAGCUAUUUCUUUGGUUUCCUCUUGUAUGUAUACUUCCCUGUCCAGCCCUUUUUAGUAUGCAUAAUUUCAACGUUUACAGCUUCAUUCUGGGUCAGCGAUCGAUUACCCUGCAGUUGUAAUGGUACCACAGGUUGUCACAAAGAUAGUAGGGUGGAUUUGUAAUUCUGUACCGGGGCGAGUUUGAGCCCCUCGAGCCGUAUGCCUUUGAAUCCAUUUGUCCACGCCGGAACAAAUUCUGCUACAUAGGCACCUGUCUCCACGCUGCUCUGACAUUGUACAUUCAAUUUGACUAUAAGGGGUACAGGACAAGGUGAAAGGUUUGAGGUUUACUGAGCAGGACCCCCCCCCCCACCCCAACCCAUCCACCCACACCUAAUCCAGGACAGGUCCAGCCACUCCCCCGUCACCCACCCACUGUCACAUAAACCUCAAGCCAUUCAUUUUUCUGUUUGUUUUUUUGACAAUGCAAUCCUGAAAGCACUUUGCCUUGUUAUUCCUUUGUGUAAACAUGUGAAUGAUGAUUUGUUACAAAAAUGUUAAAUAUGUAAAAGAUCAUUCACUGUUUUGGAAAAACCUGCAUCUGUCUUUCUGACGUUAAAAGAAGAAGAAACAAAACACAAUUUAGUGACAUUAAACCUGAAUCUAUUUUAUAAAAUGUUUGCUGCAGCCAAUUGGUCUUGUCAUUCAGUAUUGUGGCUUAGGGUUGUUUGUGUUCAAUAAAGUGCUAUUGCUAAAUA